UGUGUGACGAAAGGAGGAAAGAGAAGACGAAUGUAUGUUUGGUUAGGAGAGGCAGGAGGAUCUCCUACCCGGGUAUUAUAACCUCGCGGAGCACAGCCAUUCACGCGCACGUCCGUCUCAAGAUGUCGUCCGGACACAGCAGCCGCACUCGCGCCGUCCACAUCGGCUCGAUCUUCCAGAAGCUGCACGGUCGCUUCGCGGACGCGAUGACGCCGCCUAAGCUCUCGACCGACAAGCGUACCCUCGACAAGACCUGGAAGCUGAUGGAUAAGGUGGUGAAGCUCUGCCAACACCAGCGUAUGAACCUGAAGAACUCGCCACCGUUUAUCCUCGACAUCCUGCCGGACACAUAUCAGCGGCUGCGGCUCAUCUACAGCAAGUACGAGGACCGUAUGCAGACGUUGCACAGCAAUGAACACUUCUGCGUAUUUAUCAACAAUCUGAUGCGUAAAUGUAAGCAAGCGAUCAAACUGUUCAAGGAGGGCAAGGAGAAGAUGUUCGACGAGACGUCGCACUAUCGUCGUAAUCUUACCAAACUCAGCCUCGUCUUCAGCCACAUGCUGUCCGAACUGAAGGCUAUAUUUCCCAAUGGGCUGUUCGCCGGUGAUCAGUUUCGUAUCACUAAGGCGGAUGCGGCUGAAUUCUGGAAGGAGCGCUUCGGAAACAGUACAUUAGUACCGUGGAAGGUGUUCAGACACGAAUUGAAUCAGGUUCAUCCGAUAAGCACAGGAUUGCAAGCAAUGGCCCUGAAAUCCACGAUAGAUUUGACGUGCAAUGAUUAUAUCUCCAACUUUGAAUUCGACGUAUUCACAAGGCUGUUUCAACCGUGGUCGACUCUUCUGCGCAACUGGAAAAUUCUGGCUGUGACACAUCCUGGCUACGUGGCUUUCCUUACGUACGACGAGGUGAAAGCCCGUUUGCAAAAAUAUUGCAUUACCAAGCCUGGGAGCUAUGUAUUUCGGUUAAGUUGUACGAGGCUGGGACAAUGGGCAAUUGGUUACGUUACGUCUGAUGGUGAUAUUCUACAAACUAUACCACACAACAAGAGUCUAUGCCAAGCGUUAUUGGACGGCUACCGGGAAGGCUUCUACUUAUACCCAGACGGUCGAAAUAUAAAUCCGGACUUGACGUGGGCGGUGCAACCAACGCCAGAGGAACAUAUCAAAGUGACGGCAGAACAAUAUGAAUUAUAUUGCGAAAUGGGUAGCACAUUUCAGUUGUGCAAAAUCUGCGCCGAGCAUGAUAAGGAUGUAAGGAUAGAACCUUGCGGUCAUCUUCUCUGUACUCCAUGUCUUACAGCUUGGCAGGAUUCCGAAGGACAAGGUUGUCCGUUUUGUCGAGCUGAGAUUAAAGGCACCGAGCAGAUCGUCGUAGAUCCGUUCGACCCGCGAAGAACUCACAGACCCGGGGCGCAUUCGGCGUCUGCUAGUAAUGCAUCGACCCCCACGCGGGAUCUCGACCCCGAUACCGAGGAUAUAAUGGAGCUAUGUAAUGGCAAUUGCGGUCUCAUAUGCGACGUCUCGGACGAGGAAGAUGAUUCUAGUCCUACAAAUUCGCCGGUGCCACCGCGGAGAAUCGUUCCAAGUCCGCCUUUACCACCUAGGAGACCCUCGCCGUCGCCUACACCGAACAAUCACCUUAGAAACGGACGUCAUCUGACUGUACCGAAGGAAAAUGCUCCGCCGCCACCGUCAACGGUUACAGUAAUAUUAAAUUAUACCGACAAUACUCAGCAAAAUAAUAAAGUUAACACGGAGGCGAGAUAUGACAUGCUGCACCGCGCAUCUUCGCCAUCGUCGAUGCCGCCGAUACCGCCAGUGCCACCAACAACGGUGGUAAAGGUUCAUCCACGACGAUCCCACGGGAAUCACGUGGUAGGCACACCGCAGCGGCAAUCGCAGCCACCGCCGACAUUGCCAGAAAAGCCAUGUCGCGCUACUGCAACCAGCUCGACAACGAGUCAAACCGGGGGUCCAAGUAAUAACGUGCCUCCCGUACCGCCGCCCUUGUCAGCACCUCGACCACCGAAGGCUAGCAAGGAAGGUGGCAUCCGUCAAGAUCAUCAUUAUGAGAAUACGAUUGUGAUCUGCGGCACGAGUCAACACGUUGUAAAGAACAUCAAUCUGGAGGCGAACAAGGCGCGUCUCACGGCACUUAUGAGAGCGAGAGAUGAUCCGGGUGGCGGUGGCGCUGGUGGACCGGUAAUCAAGCCGGAAUCGACGGCGUACGAGAAUGUCAAUGUUGAGCAUAUCACAAGAUUGACGGCGCUCGGUUUCGCGCAGGAUGCCGUGAUCAGAGCACUCGGCAUCACCAGGAACGAUCUUGAGAUGGCAUGUGACAUAUUGCACGAGUUUGCCACGAAAUCCUCCUGACCAGGGCCGAAUACUGAAGUCUCAUGACCAGUCUUACCUGCUAGACGGUACUUUUGACAGGGAACACGCGCAAACUUCUGUAAGUCCCAUCUCUGAUGCGGAUACACCGCGUGUUUUUACUGAGUAUCUCCUCACAUUAGUGCGGUAUCGACAGUGUUCCAUUUUGCGUCUUAAAUUGAAUGGAAAAGACACGUUUGUGAGCGGACAGUGAGCGUCGAAAAACUCACCGGGAAAACCAAUGGAAAAACUUGAAUGGAUGCAUUUUCGAAAACACCAUUUUAUGGAUUUUUCUUCGUCACGUGCUGACUUUUGGAUAAGCCUUUAACCAGAAGUUUCAAACGUUCUCGUUUCCUUGCGCGUAUAUAGAAGACUGUAUUGUACGCGUGAUUUCACCAUACGAGCGACAAGAUGUAAAUAAAGGCGACGACCGACCAAAGACAACUUACGUUUGCCCAAGUAUUUUUUCAUGAACCACAUACGUAGCACGAGCGGAAUAGCGCGUAUCCUAUACUCUCCUUAUAGUAAUAUCUCUCCUAAGCGUAGUUACUACUUCGUUCCUCGAUAUACUUAAGAUAAAAAUUAAUUAUUGCGCGCAAAAAGAUUUUACUUGCACGUACAUAUGUAUAUGUCUGGAAACGCUUCUCCUCGAAAGUCUUCGGUCGCUCGUUUUCCACAUUUAUAAUUUAUACACACACACACACACACACACACACAUAUAUGUAUGUAUGUAUAUAUCUCUUAUAUAAAAUAUCUUACGACACAACGAACGCGCGAUCCGAAAUGUCGCGUUGUUCCGGGAUCGAAAACGCGCUUAGAAAUUAUGACAUUAUUCAAUCCAAGGCAAUACAAUGUUUCACCUGUUUCACCGACGUAACGAGCGCACGCACGCACGCACGCACGCACACAUACACAUCCGCGCGCGCGCAUGUAGAUACGUCCGUUUAAAAUAUAAUAAUUCUAGAGCAUCGGUUCGCUAGAUCAUUUCAUUGCAUAAAUGUAUAACGAUAGUACUAAUCGAAAGUACGUUAGACAAAAAAAUGCCUGGCAUCUAAUUUUGUAAUCCCUAAUCUACCGUUCCAUCGUCAAAUUAAAGUAGUUAUAUACACAUAUAUGUAUGUAUAUCGCUAUUUAAUAUAUAUUAUGUAUUAAAAAGUAAAAUGUCCUCCACACAUGUUAAUGCCGUGUGAUUUACACGCACUACCUCGGAGAGGAUAAAAGCAACAAAAUAACGAUUUAGGUAUAUAAAAUUGUUAAUCCACAUUCGUGAUUUUUUAUUCUAAUUGAGAGAACUACGCCUUGUCACGCCAUAAAUUACUAGUGUAGACGCGUUAGUCUCUUAGAGAGUUAGAGAGUAAUGCGCGCAAGAUUAAUUGGAUCUCCUAGAUCCAAAUCUACGCGGAGCUUUUUGUUUUUUCACUCGUAACAUACGCUUACACAAAUUACGCGUAUGUGUGAUACACCUCGCUGCGCUGAGUAUCGGUGUAGAGGAAAGGAAGAAAAAAGGUCGAUAUCGAAUUCGAAACCGAAAAGCAACGUAUUGAUUAUCAACAGCUCUCAACGAUCUCAAGACCACUCGCGCGCACGAUUCAAUCAGAGAGUAACGGAUAAGAGCGUAUAUGUUAUGGAUUACAAUGGAAAAUACUCGAAAACGAAAAUAAUUAUAAUAGACGAUGAUAACUUGGAAUUAAAGUUGUACGUGUGUGAUCGCAUACGUCGAAUCGAGAAUAGUGCCGUAACACAAGAUACAGCAAGCGUAUCGUUUUACAUUAAUUUACGCCUUGCGGUAGAUGCUCAAGCAUAAUCGUUUUAUGCCCUGUGAUAGGGCAAAUCUUAACAGUGAGAUAAGAGCGAUAGUGGAGUUCUUGCUGCGUGGCUUUGCCAGUUUACAAACGCGAUCAUUCGUUGUGCCGACGACAAGGAGGCUUUGCAGAUCAAUUCUAAAACGGCCGCGACGAUGUAACCGUUCUGCGUUUGUUUCGCGCGACAGUUGCACGACGAAAAGUUAUAAUUACUACCUCGCGAUUAUACCAAAGGUAUACUAUAUGAUCGACCGAAAAAUGUUAUCGGAUGUGUCGCUUGUUAAACGCGUUUAACGGUCUUUUUGACGCGAUUCGCACGCACGCACGCAUACACACACACACACACGCACACGACGAACUAUCGUGUAGUAUAAUUAUUGUAUAUUUAGAUAUGAUAUUCAUGCUCUCGUUGAAUUUCUUCCUUAUUGUGGAGAUGCGUUUUGCGGAGCGUCGCGCUGUUACAAAAAGCGGGCACAAUUCAUCCUGCAAACUCGAGUAACGACCGUAGCAUUUUCGAGAGAAUCGCCAGUACCGAAAAUUAUCGUGCGAUAUGAGAACCGAUGCACCCGAGAUACUUUUAAUUCGCUUUCUAUUGUGCACCUACCUAAUCGUAUCAGUCGCAGUAUCGCUUCACACCUGAGAGGAAUUUUUAGCCUUCAUACUUCGGAUCGAUGUCCGCCGCACGGGUGCAUCCGGUGAAAUUAGGUGUCCUAUUUUUCUACAUUGUAUAUUCUGGUCGUCCUGUACUGUAUAAUGUAUUGAACGCGCGCACGUGGAAAGCGCUCGAGGUAUACCUAUAUCUCGUACCGGUACUUGGAAAAAACGGGACAAGGGUUCCAAUACUUUUGCGCUUCUCACCGCGCGCUUACAUUUGACAUGAAUUUGACGCGGAGAAACAUCAAUUGAUAUGACACGCAAUCGAAGAUAAUAAUACAAACGAGCGUAGAUUGACUCUCUUUCUUCGUUUUAAUUAUUCGCUGUAAAAAAUUGUUUUAC